UACACGGUGCGUGAGCGAAAUCGCGCAAACCCAUCCAUCCACCAUGAAGUGUUUUUUUGUAGUACUAGCCGUGUAUUUAGCGUUAGCUAGCGCUGGUUACGUCGAGCACUAUCAAGGUGCAACGAGCUUUACCUCGUUCGACCUGAAGUCCGCUCCCAUCGUAGGCAGCAAGCUGGUGGUCUCCGGAGCUGCCGCCCCAGCCUACCCAAUAAAAGGUUCGACCGAUCACGCACCCGUUCGGUAUGAAGCGAAGCCAGUAAUUAGUACGGUUUAUGCGGCACCGAUCACGAAGACGCUGACCUACAGCACCGUACCGGUGCAGUACGCUUCCAGCCAUCAGUAUGUCGCUCCUGUCCCGGUGCAUGAUUGUACGCUGAAGGAACAUACCAAACUUGUUGCACCGAUCCAUGCCACUGUUUCGUACGGUGUACCAUCUGCCACUGUGAGCAAUGCUCAUGGCAUCUCGAGUCAGUCGGGAUAUUCGGGAGUUGGCUAUCAACAAGCUCAGAAGGUGCAAGGAGCGGCUGUGAGUAAUUCUAACUCGAUCUGGAAUCAGUCAGGAUAUUCAGGAGCUGGAUAUCAACAAACUCAGAAGGUACAAGGAGCGACUGCGGGUAUUGCUGGCAUUUGGAGUCAGUCUGGCCAUGCUGGAUCAGGAUAUCAACAAGCUCAGAAGGUUCAAGGAGCUUCUGUGAGCAACGUUGGCGUCUGGGAUCAAUCGGGAUAUUCAGGAGCUGGAUAUCAACAAGCUCAGAAGGUACAAGGAGCGACUGUGAGUAGUUCUAAUGGCAUCUGGGGUCAAUCAGGAUAUCCAGGAGCUGAAUAUCAACAAGCUCAGAAGGUACAAGGAGCGACUGUAAGCAAUGCUGGUAGCUGGAGUCAGUCGGGAUAUUCCGGAACUGGAUAUCAACAACAUCAGAACGUCCCAGUUGCCUCUUACGGUCCUAGUUCUACAAUCGGACAUACUGUAACGCAUCACUACACCGCUCCACAGUCGAGCAGCAUCAUCUAUACUCCUCCUAAAGCGAGUCUAACGAUCGGAUCCACUUCCUACGAAGGGCAUGGCAAUCAGCAGUCAGCAUCUUUCGGCACCUACAAGGAACAUAUUCAACCGGCACCUAUUAUUGAAACGCUCGUCGAUGUCGCGCCACCGAAGCUUAUCCAACAACAGCCAUCAGGAAGCUAUGGAGUUCCUGCAACAGACUCCAGCCUUCUUCACGUGUCCCAACCAGCGACGGUCAUUACAUCUUCCUCCAACUACGCAGCAACUGAGGGGGCUUGGAAGGGAACGAAGGCUGGCUAUGCUACAUCGCACCAAUACAAGACGGCAACGAUUCCAGCAAAACCGUCUGCUUUCUACAUCGCUCCAGCAGUAAAGCUACAAACGACUAUUUCAAAUUCUGGAGGAUGGCAGGAAGCUUCCAAAAACCAUGGCCACAGUUUCACUACUACUCACAGCUACGCAAACCAACAAGUGGCAGCUAACAAUGGUCAACAGUAUCUGCCACCGAAAGCGCCUGCCACUUCUUCCAUUGCGACAGGUUCUUCUCAAUCUUCUUCCUCCAAGGAUACUCCAACCACAUCUAGUCCAACUCGCGAAUAUCUACCACCACGAGAGUAUCUUCCACCACCAACGCAAGCAAAUGGUGGCAGCACUGCAGCCACCGUGUCCUACGGAGCAUCUUCCCAGGGUUUAUCCUCAAACAAAGUUUCUCAAUCACAAAGCUACGGUUCCAGCUCUACCGGCAGCCUAUCCACUCACGGUAGCGCACAGUACAGUGCAGCGAUUCUAUCUCCUCUGCACGUUACCGUCCAAAAGACACCCAUUCUAGCCUUCACCCCAAAGCUUCCCUGUACCCAAGAGCAUCAACACGUACAUCAAUAGGGUGUGUGUGUGAGUAAUAGACAUAAAAAUAAAUACAAACCCACUCCUUCUGUAGUUUUACGCCCAACAAAAAACACAUUCGUGCAGUAAUAAAUAAAAAAAACAGGUGACCUCCCGGGUCCCAGCACGUCUUUAA